CCAUCUAACCCCACUUUUAUCCGUUGACAUGUUAGACAAGGAAACAACUAUCAAAAGAGAUAAACUUGGUACAUUUAAAGGUCAAAUAGGUUAUCUGGUAAGUCAGGGAUAUUCAAAGUUGUUUUGCUCGAAAAGUGCAUUAAAACAGCCGCUGCAGCCCUGUGCGUUUGAGACUCGUCUGUUUUAACUGACCUUAACAUGUCCUGGUUUGAUUGUGUGGAAUUGGGGCCCCCUAUUGAGGUCUUCCAGCUUACCAGGCAGUUUACCGAGGACGACUUCCCUCAGAAGGUCAAUUUGGGAGUUGGCGCCUAUCGGACUGAUGAGGGUAAGCCGUGGGUGCUGCCAGUUGUUCGGACGGCUGAAAAGGCGCUGGCAAACGAUGAAACUCUAAACAAGGAAUACUUACCAGUGCUGGGGCUGGAGACGUUCAGCGCCGCCUCUUCGAGGAUGCUUUUAGGGGCUGAUAGUGCUGCGAUAGCGGAAAACAGGGCGUUUGGCGUGCAGACCCUGUCGGGAACCGGCGCCUUGAGGGUGGGCGCCGAGUUUUUGGCCAGACACUUAGACAAAACCGUUUUUUACUUCUCCAAGCCCACAUGGGAAAAUCACCGCCUGGUCUUCCUGAAUGCGGGCUUCAAAGAAGCCCGCGAGUACCGCUACUGGCACCCAGAAAGCCGCGCUUUGGACAUCGAAGGACUCCUGGAAGACUUGCGCAACGCCCCUGAAGGUGCUGUGGUCAUUCUGCAUGCAUGCGCCCACAACCCGACCGGUUGCGACCCCUCCCAUGAACAAUGGGCGCAAAUCGCCGACGUUGUCAAGCAAAAGCGCCUCUUUCCGUUCUUUGAUUCGGCCUAUCAGGGCUUUGCGUCCGGCGAUCUGGACAAAGACGCCUGGGCGGUUCGUUUCUUUGUAGAGCGCGGCUUUGAGAUCUUCUGCGCGCAGUCCUAUGCGAAGAACUUUGGCCUUUACAAUGAAAGAACUGGAAACUUGACGGUGGUUUCAAGCAAUCUGGCAAACGUUGCGGCCGCCAAGUCUCAAUUGACUCUAACCAUUAGAGGCAUGUACUCAAACCCGCCCAGUCAUGGAGCAAGAAUUGUGGCUCAUGUGCUCAACAAUAAGGAGCUGUUCGAACAAUGGCGCGGAAACAUCAAAACCAUGUCGUCGAGGAUUAUUGAGAUGCGCAAACGCUUGCGGGAGGCGCUGGAAGCCCUGGGGACCCCCGGCAGCUGGAACCACAUCACUGACCAAAUCGGCAUGUUCUCCUACACCGGGUUGAAUGAGGCCCAGUCGUUGCACAUGGUUCAAAAGCAUCACGUUUACAUGCUGAAAUCCGGCCGGAUCAGCAUGUGCGGUCUGACCCCGACCAAUGUGGGCUACGUGGCUCAAUCCAUCCACGAAACCCUCACAACUGUACCGGCCAAGUAUUAGCCUCAGUGGGAUCUGGUUAGAUGCACCUUUGUUCAUAUGUAUAGUGUUUUCCGCAGAAAAACAUGCACUUGUAAUAUUUACAGAUCGUUUUAUAAUUAAAAUAUAGUAUCAACGCAAA